CUAAAUUAGUUUUGUUUUCCUGGGUAUUACGUGCCUCAGCGAAUCGUAUUGGAAAGGCUAGGGCAUGUCCCUUCAGUCGCAGCUGUAGUCGUUUUCAUUAUCGGAUGACUGAGUCACGAUGGCCUCGGAUGACGAUGAAAUACAUGAACGCCUCAUAGAAGGCUUCACUGAGAGACUCCAACAUAUUAUAAACGUAGAGGAGGUACUGGGAUAUUUACAUUUCAUUGAAACCGCACGAAAGGAACCGAUCGUUCAGAAACUGAACACAGAGGGUAAUGCAUCGGCUGCGAAGUUGCUUAUUAGUGUGGUCGUUGGGAAGCCUCAUACAGAAGGCUGGUUCAGGGCCUUCGUUGACGCCUUGCACCAUGGAGGCUCCAAACUUGCUGCUGACUACUUGGAGUCAAACCCCCCAGACCCCGAAGUGGAGGCGGAGAAUGAUUACUGUGUCCAGCUUAUUCAGUUAUUGGCUCCCAGUCUGGUGGACAUGAAAACGGAAGAAGUGUGCACCCAUUGUUUUUCUCGAAAGCUCCUAAAUGAUGUUGACAAAGACAAGAUUCUAGCUGAAACGCGUAAUAAAGGAAACAGAAGUGGAGCCAGUGUACUUCUGAGCAGAAUCGUGAGAUGUCGACCGGGUUGGAUCUCUGAAUUUCAGGAAAUUCUGCGCAUCACUGAACACAAACGCCUGUAUGAGCUGACUGGAGGAUCACCUGAAUGUAUAAAGCCGAAGAAAGAUGCUGCAGCAGAAGACAACCCGGAGGCUGAAAGCUGCCAGGGUGAGGAGUCCAUGGAAAUCGAUGUCACCGAGGGACCUCCAUAUGACUCCACAGGUCUAUAUGCAAGCGCUGAAAAGUUCAGUAUUAUGGAGAACCUACACCCAGAUUUAAGUGACUGUCCAGCAGCAGAAGCAGCAGGAACCACAAAAGAAGGCCCAAAAGAAACAGAUGGUUUUCUUCGGGACUAUCAGAUGGAGGUGGCCCAGCCUGCCUUGAAAGGGGAAAACAUUAUUAUUUGCCUCCCCACAGGAAGCGGUAAAACCAGAGUCGCAGUGUACAUUACCCAAAAACAUCUGGACAGCAGGAGAGCAGAGGGGAAAUCAGGGAAGGUGGUUGUCCUGGUGAACAAGAUUCCUCUUGUGGAGCAGCAUUUCUCCACUGAGUUUUGGCCCUCCCUGAAGCCCAAGUACAAAGUGGAGAGGGUCAGCGGAGACUCCCAGCUCAAAAUUUCCUUCACUAAAACUGUAGAAAGAAACGACAUCAUCAUCUGCACGGCCCAGAUUCUUGAAAAUUACUUGGAGAGGGCUGACAGCGGAGAGGAUGAAGGGGUGAAGCUAAGCGAUCUGACACUGAUCAUAAUAGAUGAAUGUCACCACACCCAGAAAGGAGGAGUCUACAACCACAUCAUGAUGCGGUACUUGAAACAAAAGCACAAGAACAUAAAGCUCAAGAAGACGGAGAAGAAGCUCGUACCGCUCCCUCAGAUCCUGGGCCUGACCGCCUCACCAGGGGUCGGGGGUGCCAACACACUGAGUAAAGCUGAGGAGCACAUCCUGCGAAUUUGUGCAAACUUGGAUGCUUCCAAAAUCAUGACAAGAAGCCUUGGGAAAGAUAAAAAGGAACAAAGAAAAUCUAUUCUGACCGUCGAACCAAGAAAAGAGGAUCCCUUUGGUUGUGUGAUCAAGACAAUCAUGAAUGCCAUUCAUGAACAUGCCGAGCUUAGCCCCACCUGUGACCUGGGCUCUCAGAAUUAUGAACAAUGGGCUGUUCAAAGAGAGCGGCAAGCCGCCAAAGAUGGAGACCAGGCAGUGCGGGUCUGCGCAGAGUACCUGCGUCGGUACAAUGAAGGUCUGAUUCUGAGCAACACCAUUCGCAUGUGCGACGCCCUCAGUUACCUGAACAAAUUCCACGAGGAGCAAAUCAAGAAGAAAACGACACCAGAUGAAGAGCAGAACAUACAAAUAACAGAAACAGAGAGAUUCCUGUUCAAUUUGUUUAAAGACAAAAAGGAAGAGCUGGAGAAGCUUGCAAGGGAUCCAAAGUACGAAAACGACAGCCUGUCAAAACUCAGAACUAAAAUUUUGCAAGAGUUCAGCACCAGGGAGAUGGCCCGAGGGAUAAUUUUCACCAAAACACGUCACAGCGCUAUAACUCUUAGCCAGUGGAUUCAAGAAAACCCCAAGUUUGCUGACAUUGGAGUAAAACCUUCUCAUGUCAUUGGAGGAGGAGACCAGAGUGAUACUAAACCAAUGACUGCUGCAGAACAAAAGGAUGUGUUAAAAAAGUUCAGAACCGGUGAACUUAACCUGCUAAUUGCUACAACAGUGGCAGAGGAAGGUCUGGACAUACCAGCAUGCAAUUUUGUUAUCCGAUAUGGCCACGUGACCAAUGAAAUUGCUAUGAUUCAGUCUCAAGGCAGAGGACGAGCUGAUGACAGCACAUACACCGUCGUGGAUGUAAAGAACUCAGGUGUUGCUGAAAAGGAGUGUGUCAAUGAAUACCGUGAGGAUAUGAUGAACAAAGCCAUUCAGAAAAUCAAAGCCUUAAGUCAAGUGAAUUACAACAAACAGAUCACUGAGUUUCAAAUUCAGGCUAUAAUGGAGGAAAGAAUGAGACAGGUAAAGCAGAAGAAGAAGGCUAUUAAGGAUGAGAGCCCAUCUGCUGUGAAGUUUAGCUGUCGAAACUGUAUCCAAAACAUCUGCAGCGGUGAAGACAUCCAUGUCAUUGAAGACAUGCACAAAGUCAAUGUUACGGCACAGUUUAGGAAACAUUUCAUUCAGAGAGAAAACACAUCUCUUCAGGAGCGACGUUUGGAUUAUGAGACCAAUGGUGUCAUAGCUUGCAAAGCCUGUGGUCAGACAUGGGGUUCGAUGAUGUGGUACCGUGGGAUUGAGCUGCCCUGCCUCCAUGUGAAAAACUUUGUGGUGAAUAUAAAUGGGAAAAAGAACAGCAACUACAGCAAGUGGAGCGACCUCCCUGUCAAGUUUCCUGCCUUCGAUUACAUCGAACAUGCCAGCCUGAUGGCACAGAGCUCAGACGAUGAAGAAACAGAAUGAACCCGAAAAAACAAAUCAAAUAACCUUUUUUUGUUGAGGGGUGGUUACGCCUCAUGCAUCCAUUGAAGAAUGAACAGAAUUGGGGUUCAUUUUUACUUUACUUAGAUUUAAGUAUUUUUAUUGAGAACAAGUGGACCUUUUCUUCAAAUUUUGCACUUAGCUUAGAUAAUGCAUCAUUUAUUUUAAAUCUGAAUCGAUUUUCAAAAAUGACUUAAAACUGUAUUUUCUUCAGAAGUCAUUGUCGUCCCCUGAUAUAGGAGGCAGUGAGCCUGCGAUUGCCCCCCCAGAGCCCACCUGUCAAGUUGCAUGCACACAAACAGGUGCUGUUGACUCUGUUUAAUUCACCCAUCAGCGAGUGACUCACCACUGUUGAGACAGAGCUAUUUAAUGAGGCAACCUUUUUAACCUGUGUGUCCACAUCCUUUUGGAUGACCCUAACCAAUUGGGCAAUACUGCAAGUUGUACAGAUCUCUUCCAAAUGAACAUUUUUCUAGUAGGAAAAACAUUUGUUUAUGGUAAAAUUGAACUGAAAGUUGAACAGAUUCAUCUGCAUGUAGUUUUUUAAAAGAUGUGUUAAACAGAUGGCACUUUAAGUGUUACAUGAAACCUCUAAGACAGUGUUCUCAAGCUUUUCAGCUUCUGAUACACAAGAAAACACUGGAAAAGAUGUUAAUUAACUAAAGUUAAUUAACUAAAGUAACAGCAUCAUUAGGCAUUAUGUUGCUUCUUUUACAUUGUAGGUACUGUUUUUGUUUUUGUUUUUUUUUAACAGUUAUGGCAUAAAUAUGCUUUUACAAUUCUUUACUUUGAUCAUUUAGAUUUUUAAAUUUCUGUGGAGGAUCCCAAGACCCUACUCUUGUACCUCCAGAGGGGUACUGACCAAAACUUUCUGAACAGCCCCUCAAAGGGUAUUGCUUCAUGUGCACAGCACGUAGAGUACCUGACGUCUUUUCUUUUCAUGCCUAAAAAUCUAACAUUUGGCACAUGAAUGUAUUCAACUCCUCCCAUUACUUUGUUCCAUCACUAUCCUGUUGUCAGGAAAUUAUCUAGCUUCAUUUUCAUGUAGAUUUUGACCAUAUUUUAAGAACCAGUGAAGCAUGAGUUUAGCAAAAUAAAAUUUACACUGAUUAUAUUUGCUUAACUCACUCAGUUGAGAGGUACAUAAAAUCAGCAUGCAUGAUAACCUGUUUUGUUGUUGGGUUUGUGUGACUGCUAACAUUACCUGGGAUUUUAAUGAUUCAAAUAUUUUUGAUAGAAUGUCGACUAUACGAGGGGAUGUUUAUUGCUCAUCAAGAAAACACAAGUGCUCUUUGGUUUUAUGUAAUUUUACAUCUCCAAUAAAACUAUAUAAACGUU